ACAUGACGUUCCUUUCCCCUUUGAAGUUUGUGAUAAGUGCUGCUACAAAAUGAUUAUCUAGACCCUCCCUUUUAUCUAAUUUUAAGUAUUAAAGUCGUUUCCCGGCCUUCUCCGUGAGUGCAGUGAUUUAAUAUUUUAUUUCAUAUCGCUUAUAUCCAUCAAUCAAAAUGGGUAUGCGUCACACACUUCUAUAUAUUUGGUCUGGCACAGUUUUGUCGGGUGUCACAGGAAUCGGUCUGUUCUAUAUGCUGGCUGGAAAAGGUCACAAAAUAGAUUUUGGAUGGCUCCUUGAAGGAAUUUCACCAUACAUGUGGGGAGUGCUCGGUGUAGCUCUGUCUGUGGCUCUAUCAGUAGUCGGCGCAGCCAUUGGCAUUCACACGACGGGAGUGAGCAUCGUGGGUGGAGGUGUCAAAGCACCGAGAAUCAAAACUAAGAACCUAAUCUCUGUUAUUUUCUGUGAAGCUGUGGCCAUUUAUGGUCUCAUCACUGCCAUAGUACUGUCUGGUCUAUUGGAACCUUUCCACAUCACGGAUGCGACAGACCCUGUAAUCAAAGCGCAAAAUUACCAUGCUGGCUUUAUCAUGUUCGGUGCAGGACUCGCAGUAGGCAUGGUCAACCUGUUUUGUGGUGUUGCAGUAGGAAUCAUUGGGUCAGGAGCAGCCCUAGCAGAUGCAGCUAAUUCUGCACUCUUUGUGAAAAUCCUUAUCAUUGAAAUUUUUGGUAGUGCUAUUGGUUUAUUUGGUCUCAUUGUUGGAAUUUUCAUGACGGCAAAAGCCAAAAUGGGUGACAAAUAAGAUGGGACCUCUGGACUGAAAGUUAGUGAUCAAAAUCUGCAUCAUAUUACAUCUCGCGGGAACGUCUUGCAUCCCUGUGUGGUAUUGGCUACUGCAUAACCUCAUUAGGUGAUCAUCAAGCACUUUUUCAUACCACCUGUUAUGCGAGUUUCACCUGUUGUCCUAAGCGUCUCAAUGUUAAUAUUUUGUAAAUUGAAGGUGUCUUCAGACUGUAAAUAAAUCAUGAAGUAGAUUUCUACCAAUUAGUUCUUUGUAAGAAUGAUGCAUGAUGCUUUUUCAUCUGAGAAAAAAAAUUAGACCAUUCCAGCUGUCACUUAUUAAUGCACUCAUGGAUGAACUAAUUUAGGCAAAGAAAUCCUGUUUAGGAAAGAAUCCUCCUGUUUUACUUUUUUCUUUUCUAGGUUUUCGUUUGUUUGCAUACCAUAAAUGACAACUAACCGCUCCCUUUAAAGUCGUUUUUCAGCGGUACACUUACCCGACUUCCCAAUGCUACCGAUGUAUUAUCUUUUUUUGCAAAGUGCGGUAAACCUUUCUUUUUUUCCAAGUUUAACACUUCAUUACUACUAAAUUUGCCUUAAGCCUCUUGAAGUUUAAGUUGAGGAUUCGCCACCAUUCCAUUUCAUCUGUUUUUUGUCAUAACCAAAGCUCUGAAUUCACUGUAAUCGUUAUCUAUUAUUUAAGCUGCCAGUAUACUCUUUAGCUUUUGGUGUACAUUUGAAUGUAAAACUUACUGUUAGCGCCAGAAGUUAAAUAUUAAAUCUGAAAUGCAUUUAAAAGUGUGAAUUUUAUUCUUCAGCUCUGUCAACAAGUACUUACUCUUAUAAAGCGGAGACAUAUUUUUUUAAUUAUGAAGCCAGAACUAUAUAUUUCCAUGGAAAUAUUGAACAGCUACUGAAGUGUUAGGAAAAGUAACUGGAUUCAGAAGCGUUGCAGCUCACUCAAUUUUUCAAAAUUAAAAUUGAUAACCAUAAUCGUUUGAAAUCCUCUGUCACUUUAAGCCUCUCGUGGGAAACAAUCUCUGAAAACUGCAGAUGAACACGACUCAAAUGUUGUCUUUUCAAAGUAUACACCAAGGAUUAAUGUCUUGAGGUCUUCCAGGCUAUUCCUCUCUUGUGCACAUUAAUAUUCAAGGAAGUAGGAAAGAAAAAAAUUUUACAAAUGUGGUGUGAUCUGAAUUGUGAAAAUUCACCCGCGAAGUUAAAAUGUAAGCAACCUGUUGAAAAUUUAUUUUGACCGUCAUUGUUACCGAAAAUUCGUGUAAAAUACAAGAAGGAACAACAUUGGAAAUAUGGAUUUUGUUCUCAUCAUUUUUUCCAUUUGCUACCUAAAUGUUAUUUAAUGAUAACUUUGUAGAAUUAUUAGUUUUUAAGAAGAGUAGGUAUGCAGUAUUUAAAUUCAUGGAGAAAAUAUAGGAGGUGGUGGCAAAGCAGUCUUUCUCAGGUUCAGUCGUAAUGUUCAUAUGUACAUCAGCCAAUAAGAAUGAGGCUACAGGAUUGGAGCAAACACGGCUUCAUGUCAUCAUGAUCCAACACUGUCACAACUCCUAUUAGACCAGCGUUUGCUCGCUGUGGCGUAGAAAUGUAGGCCCAUUUCUCCGUUCACCACCACCUGCUGAAUUUUCUGUAGAAAUGAUCUAGGUAAAAUGAACCCACAUUUAAUUUUUUCUCUGAAGUAUUUUCUUUUUGUUUUAGUUAAGAAAAAAUUAUAGAAUAUGUAACAACUUCACUCAUAACAUUUAUGAUAGUUUUUGAAAAUAAAAUGUACAAAACACUGUAGA